AUGGCCUUGACAACCCUGCGGCUGUUCCCCCUGGUCGUGGUCUCAGUCUUGGCCGUGCCGGCGUCGCCUUCAGGGGAACACGAGUGGCACUUUAAUCCAGCUCAGUGUCGCUACGCCCUCGGGAUGGAGGAUGGCACCAUCCCAGACUCUGAUAUCACUGCCUCCAGCGCCUGGUCCGACUCCACCGAGGCCAAACAUGGAAGGUUGAGCACUGGAGAAGGCGACGGGGCGUGGUGUCCAGCAGGAGCCGUCUUUCCCAGCGGAUCAGAGUACCUUCAGAUCGACCUGCGCAAACUUCACUUCCUGGCUCUGGUGGGCACCCAAGGUCGCCAUGCCGACGGACACGGCCAGGAGUUCGCUCGCAGUUACCGCCUCCGCUACUCCAGGGACGGAGUGAAAUGGAACACCUGGAAGGACCGCUGGGGCCAAGAAGUGGUGUCGGGUAAUGAGAACACCUAUGAUGUUGUGCUGAAAGAUCUGGGACCUCCCAUCGUGGCCCGCAUGGUGCGUUUCUACCCCCUGGCAGACCGAGUUAUGAGUGUUUGCCUUCGGGUGGAGCUCUACGGUUGUCUGUGGAACGAUGGGUUGAAGGCUUACACGGCUCCUGUGGGCCACGUCAUGCACUUGCCUGGGAUGCCCGUCUACCUGAACGACUCCACCUACGAUGGAAGCACAGAACAAGGGAUGCAGUUUGGAGGUCUGGGUCAGCUGUGCGACGGUGUCCUGGGAGGCGACGACUUCAUACAAACCAAAGAGCUCAGGGUGUGGCCCGGGUAUGACUACUUAGGCUGGAGCCGGGAAGCCCUUGGGCAAGGCAGCGUGGAUAUUGAGUUCCACUUCGAGAAGCCUCGGGUUUUCCACAACAUGCAGGUGCACAGUAACAACCGCCACACGCAGGGCGUGCGCGUCUUCAGCAAAGUCGAGUGUCUCUUCAAGCCCAGCAUCCUGCAGCCCUGGUCGGCUCCCGCCCUGACCCUGCCUGUGCCCCUGGAGGACCUGAAGGACCCGUCCUCCCGGCCCAUCACGCUCCCGCUCGGCGCCCGGCCGGCUCAGAUCCUCCGCUGCAAAUUCUACUUCGCGGACCGCUGGCUGCUCAUCAGCGAAAUAUCGUUCCUCUCUGAGCCAUUUGGGAGCGACGGCACAGACACCCAUUCAUUUCCUCCCAAUCUUCCCCCUGACUCCAGUUACUCCCCUCCUCUCGUUAACCUCACCUCCUCGGCUCCGUCAUCGACACACAGUCCCUCAAACGCCUCCACCAGCCCCUCAGAAGCCCUCACCACCCCCCUCGCCACGGACACCACUGGUAACUGGACGCUGUCAGGGCCUGAAUUCGCUGCCGUUACAUCGAGGGCGGGGCUCCCAGUGGCCAAAGACGACAGCAGCAACACGGCUAUUUUGAUCGGCUGCCUGGUCGGCAUCAUCUUGCUGCUGCUGGCCGUGAUAGCCGUCAUUCUUUGGAGGCAGUACUGGAAGAAGAUACUGGGAAAGGCUCAAGGUAGCCUGUCCAGCGACGAGCUGCGAGUCCACCUCUCGGUGCCGUCGGACAACGUGGUCAUCAACAACACCCACAGCUACUCCAGCCGCUACCAGCGGAUUCACACUUUCCCAGACGACCGCGACCACGACCGAGAGGGAGAAGGGGAGUAUCAGGAGCCGAGCGCCCUGCUCCGGCCCAGAGACCACAGAGACAGCACGGCCUUGCUGUUAAACAGUCCGGCCUGUCACCUGCUCGCACCAGACCACAGAAAAGGCUCCAGAGCUGUAGUGGUCUCCAGUCCUGCUCAGGCUCCAGAAAAGAGCCUGAAUGUGCCGCAGGCCUGCGGUUUGGACCUGGACAUGGAGAAAGGUUUUCCCCCGGCGCACGAGGAGCCUCCCCCCUACCCCGGCUCCCCUCCGUACCCCUCGCUGUCCCCUCCCGUGUCGCCCCCGCUGCCUCCAAGCGUCCCCCACUACGCCGAGGCGGACAUCGUGAGUCUGCAGGGCGUGAGCGGGAACAACACCUACGCCGUGCCCGCCCUGACCUCCUCCAGCCCCGGGGCCGACGCCUCGCCGCUGCCCGAGCUGCCCCGCCAGUGUCUCAUCUUCAAAGAGAAGCUGGGGGAGGGUCAGUUUGGGGAGGUGCACCUGUGUGAAAUUGAGAACCCUCAGGACCUUCCCAACCUGGAGUUCCCCUUCAAUGUGAGAAAAGGGCGCCCUCUUCUGGUGGCGGUGAAGAUACUGCGGCCCGACGCCUCCAAGAACGCCAGAAAUGACUUCCUGAAAGAGGUGAAGAUCCUGUCGCGCUUGAAGGACCCAAACAUCAUCCGGCUGCUGGGAGUGUGUGUGAGCAGUGACCCCCUCUGUAUGGUCACCGAGUACAUGGAGUGCGGAGACUUGAACCAGUAUCUGUCUCACCGAGUGCUCUUGGACAAAAGCGGGCCUUCACACAAUACGCCGACCAUCAGUUACCCGGCACUCAUCUCCAUGGCCAGCCAGAUCGCUUCAGGAAUGAAGUUCCUCUCGUCCCUCAACUUUGUGCACCGAGAUCUGGCCACUCGGAACUGCCUGGUCGGGGGCGAGAGGGGUGACAGCGGAGAGGACCCGGGCGGCGAGCGUCACAUCAAGAUCGCGGACUUCGGCAUGAGCAGGAACUUGUACGCUGGAGACUACUACAGGAUCCAGGGCCGGGCCGUGCUGCCGAUACGCUGGAUGGCCUGGGAGUGCAUACUGAUGGGUAAGUUCACGACGGCCAGCGACGUGUGGGCUUUCGGAGUCACUCUGUGGGAGAUGCUGAGCGUCUGUCAGGAGCAGCCGUACUCCAACCUCACAGACGAACAGGUCAUCGACAACGCCGGGGAGUUCUUCAGAGACCAGGGCAGACAGGUGUAUCUGAGCAAGCCGGCCGUGUGUCCUCAGGGUCUCUACGAGCUCAUGUUGAGCUGCUGGAACAGAGACUGCAAGCUCCGACCCUCCUUCGCCGACAUCCACUCCUUCCUCACCGAGGACGCCAUGAACAUGGUGUGAAGAGAGCCGUGGAGGAGGGAGAGUGUGUCGCUCUGUCUCACAGCCUUGCUGCGGUGGUAGUCGAGGUGGUGGAAGGUGUGGUGGAGGUAGCACAAACACACACACACACACACACCUGUCGGAUGGGAAGUGAGAGUGAGUCACUCGCUUUUUUGUUUUUUACUUUUUGGGUAGAUGGGGGCUGAGAGACCGCUGGUUCGGUUUUUACUUCCUUGUCAGACCCCAGGUAUGAAACUAAACACAGUUUCUGAUUGGGCCGAGCUACAUUUCUCUGGGUGGUGGUGGUGGGUGCAGUCUGCAUAGGAAGUUUCUCUUUUCAGAUUUUUUUUUUUUUUUUUUUUUACAAUCAAUGAUGGUGUGUGUUCCUGCUGAUUAGAGCUGCAGAGGUAAUGGUGUAGCAUGCUGAAUCACAGACAAGCCUCUGAACUCCGGCCAGAGCAAAGCAAGAAAUUAAUAGCUAUAAAGUUUUAUUGACUUCCUUUAUCGGCGUCUCAAACGCUACAUGCAGGGUAUCGGGUGACGGUGCGCAUGUGCUGUGAACUCUGGCUGCACGGGACACACCAACGUCGCAGCACCUGUUGUUCUGAGAUCAGACGGCACACAGGGAUUGUCUUAGUAUUUAUAGUAUGUAUAGGUCACCGCACACAUUGUAAUCAGUCUAAUUCAGGAGGGUCGUUCCGGCGCCAGAUCCUCUGGCUAAGUGAAAUCCCCUCAGUGGAAGAAGAGUCUAAAACCUGAGCAAAAGAUCUUCUGCCUCAGCUUCAUGUCCCACAGCCACACGUGACUCCACCUUUCUUGGGUGCUGAUGUAGAAAGAUGUGAACUAACAGCAGCAACCCCCGCCCCCCUUCUGCCAGUGACGGUGUGAAGCUCACUAGCAGCCACUGAUUCUCCCAACUCCCGUCUUCAAAUCAAACCGUGCACUCUGUGCCAAACGGACUUCUCAACCUUGAGGAAAAAGGCACAGCCGCCGAAAAAGCCCCCCCACUGCUGCCACAGAGGCAGAGAGCCGAUCCUGCCGUGGACGGGACUUCUUCAGACGCACCUGCUCAGGCGUCUCGGUGGUGAAUGACUUUAUUGUUUUGUAUCGGGCUGUGACUCAGUCACAGAGGGUAAAAUUCCACAGCCAGCAGCACUUUAAACCCUUCAUGUGUAAAGAAGCUCCUCUGCGACGGGCCCCAGCCGUAUGAUUCCUGUCCGAGUGGAUUCUGAUGCAUUUCACUCGCAGUGAUUUCCAGGAGAGAUCCCACAUGUGGGACAAAAUCCCUUUGCCUUUUAAAAUGCUCCCCAGAAAGACAUUGCCAAACCAUUAGGUGUAAGAUUUUUUUUUUCCCCCCCCUUGAAAUAGAUCCUUAAGUCAUUUCAAAGGUUUGAUGUUUUGUCUGAAAACCAUCGGUGUGUUGGGAGAUGUAUGCUCACCCAGCUAUCUGUUCAUCGCUCAGCUUUAAAUCCGUCAACCGGCGACCCUCAGAUGAGGAGUGCUUGGACUGGACUCACCUCACGGUUAAAAAUUAAAUCUACCGAGGUCGAGGCGAUCAGCCCCGAGAUGAUUAAGAUUAUGAACUUAUAGAAGUUUACUCCAUGUGAACGGAUGUGCCAUUUGAGUCAUUUUUGAUACACUGUAGUUCAACUAAACCCAUUAUUUUUUUAUAUACUUAUAUAAAUACUGUAUGUACUUAGACUCUCCUCGAUGUUUGAUUUUGUCCCAUUGUGUCUUUGAAGCUGAACAUUACUGUUUGUACAUAUUUUAAAGACAGAAUUGUAAUUUCCUUUACUAAUAUAUCGAGAACUCUUGCUACAUUUGGGGUCUUCUGUGUCUCUGUAGAACGCUUGCUACCUUGAUGCUAUUGUAAUUCAAUGUGUUGUCUAUUUUUGUAGAUGUUUUAAUAAAGGUAACCUUUUCAAAUAA